AUGGUGCGCGAUCGCAUCGGCAUAUCGACUGGAGACCAACUCACGCCAGACAGGACUGCGACCGUGGCUGCUCCAAGAGCGCAGCCAAAUGACCGAGUCCUACGCCAACGCAUCACUGCGACCCAGCCCGUUCCUGCACCACAGCCUACGCCCACGCUCCGGCGGACCGCGCGCGUAACAAAGAAAGCAGUCAACUACGGCCCGCCCGACAGCCCACCCAGCAGCCCUCUUCUCAGCCCGCUCACGACAACAAAGACAUCUUCGCAUUCCGAUUCCGAAACGCCCUUCCGCUUCCUUGACCUGCCACCAGAGCUACGCAACCGUGUGUACGGCUACGCCACCGCAGGCCAAGAUGGCUCGACCAGACGUCUAGCUUCGAGAACCCUCAAGCCGCCGGCCAUCACCCGCGUCUCCCAGCUAGUGCGCCAGGAAUCGAUGCCCGUCUACUUUGACGUCAACAGCUCCGUCAUCGAAGUCACCACGCCUCACGGUGGGUUAAGGUCGGGAUCUUUUCCUGGCUUCCUCCGCCAGACCGACCGCAGGUUCAUGAAUACGGGCAGACUCGAGAUGCCGAAGGUGGUCUACUCGUUCUUGAGAGAUGCUGGAAAGGUUGCCGCUCGCAUCAAGGACCUCCACAUCCACUUCGACCCCGUUUCAUCGUUGAAGGAAUUCGACAUUCAAACUCACCAUCACCCUUCUCUGAGAUGGGGACGCAUGGGAGCUCGACUGCAGGUCCAAGUAGGCGGCCAAGCUGCGCUAUUCGACGAAACUCAGCUAUGGUCGCACGACGCGCCUGAGUUACGACACGCCUGA